CCCAUUGCUUUCACUUUACUCUUAGCGCCUGGGUACAUAUGACUUUGACCUCCCACCGAACCUCUCUGCUGCUGCCGUUCGUCGCGACUUCAUCAGUUCGCCAGCGACCAAAUCGCCAUGGCGUUCACACUCAAACACUACAUGCUUCGGCACUGCACACUGCUCAACUCCCUCCUCCUCAACCGACUCAACAGCCAGAUUUCCUGCUCGACAAAACGGUUCCGCUUGUUUCGACCGGUCAGUCACGCGCUCAUGCAUCGCUUUCUCACCUCUGCGGCUGUUGCUCCCCAGACCCACACGCUAGAGGUAGAGCGUAAAUUCGUGCCUAGCAGUCCAGCUAUCUCUCUUCUCAAAAGCAAGAACUUGUGGCCAGGUUCUGAAACCAUCGAGCCCAUGACGUCUUCUCAUGGUCUUCGAUUCACCGACACCUACUUCGACACCUCCAGAUUCACCUUGAGAGAUGCAGGGAUAUACGUGCGUCUACGCAACGACGAAUGGGAGUUGAAGAUACGAAGGACUGGUGGUAUGGUUUCUACCGGCUGCAUCGAAGUGUUGGGACGUACGCACGUUGAGGCAUUGCUUAAGGACGAGUCGAUCGGCGUGUCUUUGUUGGACCUGGAGCAAGUUGCGAAGAUGAAGACCGUCCGAACAGCCUGGAAGAUCGGCGACUUUACUGUUUCAGUAGAUGACACUACGCUAUUGCUGAGGGCUACGGAGACCUUGAGAGGCACGAUACUGGAGAUUCCCCACAGUGUUGGUGAAGUGGAGCUUUGUAAGGAAGUUGUGGAGGAGGAAGUGGAACAGCAAAUGCAGAACGCAGUGAGACAAAUCGAUCAGUUCAUGAACAGGAAUGAGGAGGUGUUCAAGGGAAGGUUCGAGGAGUUCUGCCCUCAAGUGCCGGAAGGCAAGUUAGCUGCGUUCUUCAGAUGGGAGGAGAUGCUGAGACAGCGUCGGUUUUUUCCACUGAGGUGGCACAACGAGGAACGCAGAUUUGUACCUGUAUCCCAAAUUAGGGGGGAGGGAGCCGAUUGAUUGAGAAAUUCCGGUCAGCACUUAGUAUGCG